GAUGGCAGCGCUGCAGGAGCAAAAGUCAUGCAGCCAGCGAAUGGAGGAAUUCCAGCGCUACUGCUGGAACCCAGACACGGGGCAGAUGCUCGGCCGCACACUGUCCCGGUGGGUGUGGAUCAGCCUCUACUACGUGGCUUUCUACGUGGUGAUGACCGGAGUCUUCGCUCUGUGCAUUUACACGCUGAUGUGCACGCUCGACCCAUACACACCCGACUACCAAGACCAGCUGAAGUCUCCAGGGGUGACCUUGAGGCCGGAUGUCUACGGGGAGAAAGGCCUGGACAUCUCCUACAACGUCUCUGACAACAGGACCUGGGUGGGCCUCGUGCACACGCUCCACGGCUUCUUGGCAGGCUACUCGCCAGCGUCCCAGGAGGACAGCAUCAACUGCACCUCCGAGAAGUACUUCUUCCAGGAUAGCUUCCGGGCCCCAAACCACACCAAGUUCUCCUGCAAGUUCACGGCAGACACACUGCAAAACUGCUCAGGCCUGACGGACCCCAACUUCGGCUUCGCGGAAGGAAAGCCGUGCUUUAUCAUUAAGAUGAACAGGAUCGUGAACUUCCUCCCCAGCAACAGCACGGCGCCCAAAGUGGACUGCGCCUUCCUGGACCAGCACAAGAAUGCCCGGCCCCUGCAGGCGGAGUACUACCCGCCCAACGGCACCUUCAGCCUCCACUACUUCCCCUACUACGGGAAGAAAGCGCAGCCCCACUACAGCAACCCUCUGGUCGCCGCGAAGCUUCUCAACGUCCCCAAAAACACAGAAGUUCUCAUCGUGUGCAAGAUCCUGGCAGACCACGUGACGUUUGACAACCCCCAUGACCCCUUCGAAGGGAAAGUGGAGUUCAAGCUCAACAUUCAGCAGUAGGGGG